AUGUGUGGGAUUAUGCAUGAGAAUGUUAUGCACUCUUUGGUUGAAUGUGAUUAUACAAGGAACAUUUGGGCACAAUCUCGCCUUCCAAUCCCCAGUACUAUCACAGAUAUUUUCCAUGUUUGGUUUAAUGACAUAUUAAAUAUUCUAGAUGAUGAUGGAAUUAUUUAUGCAGUAGGCCUACUAUACUAUAUAUGGCGAGCGAGGAAUGGAGCUGUGUGGGAUGCAUACUUGCCCAGACCACAAAAGAUAAUUGCAACUGUAACCGCAGCGAUCCGGGCAUGGCAAAUAGCACACCCGGACCGCCCGAUGCAGCAACGUGCUCCGCAUGGACUGGCCACGGCAAUCCCCGAGCAGCACCAAAGUGCGGCAUUGCAGCCUGCUACCGUUCUGCCCACACUCCUUGCGGCUGCCUCCGUACGGAAGAGAUGUUACUUUGACGUGGCCUUUUUCCAGGCCACAAGUAAGGCCGCUGUUGGGGCAAUUUUCCUAGACGAACAGGGAUCGUAUAUCACAGCUCUACAGGCGCCAUUGAUAGACUGUUUUUCCCCGCUUAUGGCAGAAGCAAUUGCAUGUAAAGAAGUAUUAUCCUGGCUAUGGGAUCGUGGAGAGAGAUCGAUAGACAUACUAACGGACUGUUUGUCACUACAACAGUAUUUAUCGCAACCGAAGGAAACACCACGUUCGUACCUCGGCUAUGCCAUUGACACCUGCAGAAACCGGAUGGUUUCCUUUGAUUAUGUUUCAGUUAAUUAUGUUCCUAGAUCAGAUAAUUGUUUAGCACAUAUUUUAGCCACUUCGGCCUUUAAUUAUUCAGCACCUAUGUACUCGGACAGUGGUCCGCCACACUCUAUUUCAGCAUAUUUCCAAUGA